CUGAUGAUUGACAGCUCGACUCCGCCCCUCGCACGCGCGUCAUCAUGUGGUGAAUCCCACCGGCGACGCCGGGCUCCGGAGCAAGAGCACAGCCAGAAGAUGCUCGAGACUUUCAGAAGAGCAACAUUGUCUCCUCCAGCACGCUUCACAGGUGAGCUGCUCCUCUCCUCGGCGCGAUGGACUGCACGCACACACCGGAGGAGCGAGCAGAGGUGAAGAAGCACCAGCACAAACACAGCCUCAAGCGCCGCUUCCAAGUGCUGGAGACGCUGGGCAGAGGCGCGUACGGGAAAGUCAAGCGAGCGGUGGAGAGGCGCUGCGGAAGGACGGUGGCUAUUAAAUCUAUUAGAAAGGAGAGAUUGAGGGAUGAUCUGGAUAGAGCUCACAUCCAGAGAGAAAUCGAGAUCAGUGCCUCUCUAGUGCACCCACAUAUCAUCCGUCUGUAUGAGGUGUUCGAGAGCAGAGAGAGGAUUGUGAUGGUGAUGGAGUACGCGAGCGGAGGAGAGCUGUAUGACUACAUUCAGGACAAACAGAGACUGUCAGAGGAGGAGGCCAGACACUUCUUCAGACAGAUCACCUCUGCUGUGCAGUACUGCCAUAAAGUGGCUAUUAAAUCUAUUAGAAAGGAGAGAUUGAGGGAUGAUCUGGAUAGAGCUCACAUCCAGAGAGAAAUCGAGAUCAGUGCCUCUCUAGUGCACCCACAUAUCAUCCGUCUGUAUGAGGUGUUCGAGAGCAGAGAGAGGAUUGUGAUGGUGAUGGAGUACGCGAGCGGAGGAGAGCUGUAUGACUACAUUCAGGACAAACAGAGACUGUCAGAGGAGGAGGCCAGACACUUCUUCAGACAGAUCACCUCUGCUGUGCAGUACUGCCAUAAAUUAGCUGACUUUGGCUUGUCCAACCGCUACACGAGAGGCCAGUGUCUGGACACGUUCUGCGGGAGCCCACUGUACGCAUCUCCAGAGAUUAUCAAUGGACUUCCUUACCACGGACCUGAGGUGGACUGCUGGUCUCUGGGUGUGCUGUUAUAUGCUCUCGUUUAUGGCUCCAUGCCUUUCGAUAGCACAACUUACAGCGUCCUUAAAGAGCAGAUCCGCCACGGACGAUAUAAAACCCCUGAUGUCCUGUCAGAGGCCCGUUCAUUGAUCGGAUGGAUGCUCACAGUGAAAACAGAAGACAGAGCCACUGUGGAAGACAUCGCUAACCACUGGUGGCUAAACCUAAACUGUCCCAAAGCUGAAGAGAUUCAACCGUGUGCCUCCACUCUACCCAGAAAGAAACAUAAGGAAAGAACAUUGACCUCAAACAGCAGCUUCGUUCUGCUGUCGCCUCUUGAAUCGUCUUCCCACAACCAGCCCACGAAGGGCAUCCUGAAGAAUCUCUACAGUCGGGUUGAGUACACAGACAGGUCUGGGGCUGCUGGAAACGGUACGGCAGCGAAUAGCGAGGACGUGGAAAGAAUCGGGACAGAUGACAGGAGGAAGAGGAAGGGCAUUCUUAAAUGUAACGGCAAGUUCUCCGGGGUUUCUCCAAUCACGUCGGCUCCUACGUGGUCACAUGGUUUCGGCAAAACUAGCCAGGAGUGUGACGGAGGUGAGCAGCAGGAGAUGGAGUUUGAGAUCAAGAUCUCCCUGUGGAAAACACACCAGUCUACAGGCCUACACUUUCCACAGAAUAGCUAUUUUGAUCAUGUACGAUGAUUGUAAAUGCAUUGAAUUUAAUAACAAAGAACAUAGGUAACACUUUACAGUUCAAUUAG